AAUCGUAAAUCGUGUAGUGUAUUGUUCGCUGGCCACCUUUUGCUUGCCUUAGUUGCUGUCCUGGAACAGUAUCGAAAGAAGUGGUCUUCGGAGAAGACUGGAAAGGACCAUUAAGGCAUUCGUUAAUUCACCUGUAAUCAAUAUUUUCAGGCCAUAAGGGCGACAACAAAGUAGGAGAGGGUGUCACAGCUCUACUCCUUCUUCUUCUUCAUGGAAAUUUCUUCCUUUAUAACUAUGGAAGAGACGAACAGCCCUCGGCCUUGCACAAGCACCGACCCUAAUGGAGAGAACACUGCAAUUAUUACUGCAACAAACAGCAACCAUACUCUCAGUAACAGUAAUAACAGCAUUACUAACAGUUCGGACAGUGCUGGAUGUGGUGGUGGUGGUAGCUGUGGUUGUGGUGUGUCGGGAGGAUAUUAUCAGAAAAACGAGGAGGACCACCACGACGAAACACAAGAGCAGUCACAUUAUCACCACCACCAUCAUAACGGAGAAGACGAAGACGGAGAUGAUGAGGACGAUGAAAGGUUACCUUUCAUCAGUUACGUCGGUGUGAACCCAGUCGGUUACGACGAAGAAGAUGAGGAGAACGAUAUGAGUUCGAUGACAGCCGUCUUCAUCGAGACGGACAUGGACGAGGAAGACUAUGGUGCUAUGGUAAAGACUGAGAAGGUCGAAGGCGAACAAGACGAAGAAGGAAACGAAAGAGAGGAGAGAAAACGAGGAGAAGCAGGAGCAGGGUGUGACGAUAACAAGGUCGAUGAGAGGCAGACUGGCGAUGAAAGCGAUGACUGCCGACGACAACAACGACGUCGACGUCUCCCCCCACAUCUGUUUGAUGUUCGUAAAGGAGACGAAAAUAUUAUACAGACAUUUACUGCUAACCUCGAGACCUCCGUCGGCGGGUACAUCCACAACACAAUCUCUGAACAUCAGAUAUUAAUGCAAAUAAACCCAGGUGAUAGUCCGAUGCCCCUUAACCCUACACAUGCUACGCUGACUAUAGAGAGACAGGAUCCACAGACACAAGCAAAAGAAGUGAAAAGGUUCCGAUGUACUUUUACGGGUUGUACGCGCACAUACAGCACCGCAGGUAACUUAAAGACACACCAGAAAACACACAAAGGGGAUUACCAGUUUGUAUGCAACCUUGAGAGUUGUGGCAAGACCUUCCUCACAUCAUACAGUUUAAAGACACAUGUUCGGGUACACACAAAGGAAAAGCCAUAUGAGUGUGACAUGAAAGGCUGUGAAAAAGCAUUUAAUACUUUGUACAGGUUACGUGCCCAUCAGCGCUUACACACUGGAGAUACGUUUAACUGCGAUGAAAACGGGUGCACAAAAUACUUCACCACAUUGAGUGAUCUACGGAAGCACAUUCGAACGCAUACCGGGGAACGGCCUUACAAAUGCAGUGAAAAUGGUUGUGGUAAAGCUUUUGCUGCCAGCCACCAUUUAAAGACACACACACGCACACAUACUGGUGAGAAGCCAUUUACGUGUGAACAAGAUGGAUGUCAUCGGUCUUUUACGACGCCAUACAGCUUAAAAUCUCAUAAGAACCGUCAUGAUAGAUUGUCAAAUCCACGAGACAGUCCAGAGAAAUCGGGUCAUUCACAAUGUUGUCCGUCUUCUGAAAUCUGUGAUAACCAUAACAGUGGUGGUUGUUGUUGUCCGCAGUCCAACCAAAGAGUGCUGGACGAAUUUUGCACGGAAAUAGAAUCGGUUGCUGAACCUUCAACAUAUGUUUUACCACAAAGCACCAUUGUUGCAGCAUCGGGUUCCAGUGAAGAUUCUCCAAGACUAACAGCGGAACAAAUACUUAAUUCACUAUGUAUACAACAGCCAGUGCUAGAAACAAACCAGAGCCCCACGCUACCAGAAAGUUCCAUCACUAAUUCAACGCAAAAUUUUCCGGGUCUAAGUGUUGAACUUGUCCAGCUGUCUCCUGACACCGCAGAAGACAACGGUCAGCAAUCCCUCACGGUCCAGCCUUACAUCAUCACCAGUUCUACAGUGCCUUUAAUUAACAGCACUUCUCCUCAUCUCCUUCAACAACAACAACAACAGCAGCCUUCUCUCCCUGUCCCUCCUCCCACCACUCCUCCUCCUCCUCCCACCGACACCUCUGCUAUUACUACUACACCAACCGUGCUCGCUGCCCCCAGCGCCGUGCUGCUCUCCAGUCAAGAACAUCAUCAGCAUCAUCAACCACAGCAACAGCAGCAGCCACAGAAUAUAGCUAUCCCAUCAGCUUCCGCACCCUUGUCGAUCUCCAUAGCAACUGGGGCUCCGUUCCUCCCUCAGCCAUCGUUGAACGCUGCUCCUUCACCCCCAGUUGUCUCUGCAAACACUCUCUCAGAUCUUUCACCCAUGGCACCCCCUGUGCCACCAUCUGCCUCCUCCACCGCCAUCUCCGCUGCUGUUCCAUCUUUGCCUUCACUGCCAGCCACCAACAACACAGAUCCUACUCCUCCUACUUUGUCCACCGUCACGCUGCCAGUUGUCCCCGCCCCUGCUGCAGCUGGCCAUCAAGGUUUCCCCAACAGUGGUACUGCUACCCCAGCAGCAGCAGUGGUGGCAGACGGUGCCACCCCAGUCAGCAACAACAUUGGUGUGGUCACUGCCCUCUUGCCUUCAGGCGGUGUGUUACCAACAGCAGGAGCGAUCCCGGCAGCCCUCAUCCCGGGGCUCUCUCUGUCCCUGUCCAACUGCACUGUCAGCUUCAUGAGAGAACUGAAGUCCAAACUGAACUCUGCCACUGUGGUGCCUGUCGUCAUACCAACGCCUGCCGAUCUCUCUCACAGCAACAACACAACUCUUUCGACGGCAAGCGUCAGCAGCUGCACCGACAGCAGCAAUAUCUCUGCAGAUGCUGCUGCUGUUGUCGGUGGUGGUAGCGCAGAUACUUUUAUCAUCUGUAAUGAUACCAAUGUAUUGUCUUCUAAUAGUAAUUGCCAAGACAACUGUUCGAAUUUAGACAGCGGCAGCAACAUCAACAUCUGUCCUGGGACCGUCUGUCAUAACAUUGACACCAACACCAGUCACUGUAACACCGAAGUUUGUCACAACAGCAGUGACACAAACACCAACGCCUGUCACAACGUCGUUAACACAAACACCAACAGGUGUCAACACAACAGUAACACUAAUACUAACACCAGUAACUGUCCCACUUCUAGCAGCAUCAACCUCAGUCGACCAGAAUUGGUUCCCACUACCUCGAUAGUCAAUGACACAGCCACGCCUCUAGUCAAGGCCACUGACGGAAUGUUUGACGGCAGCUUGAAUCCACGUACCGUGUGCUGUAUCCAGCCUUUCCACAGCGUCGGUACCACAUGUUCCGACCCCCAUAAAGGUGCUUUCAUUCACUGGAUCCCUUCUUCCUCUCCAACAAGACCUGUUGACGAGUCUUCAGCUAUGCUGGCUGCUCCACAUGUCACCUCAGUAUAGCAAUUGGAAACCACUUGUUGAUGUCUACAAGCAAUUAAAAGAAAGAAAGAAAAAAACAAAUUAAUAAUA